CACGACAGCGAGUGUUGCAACGGAAAACAAAGCCUUAUCGCGGAGAAGGUGCGAUCUCGCACCGAUGAUCCGGAACAAAGGGAACUUUUUUCUUUCGUUAUCGAAAUUCGCAACAAUAUCGAGAUACGAUACUAAGUUUCUUCAUUUGUAAGACUUAUCUCCGAGGAUAAGACAGUCCCAUUAGCCCUCAGGGUAUGGAUUUCGAAGGUCGCAUGCUUGACGACGAAUCACAGAUGGGGGUCGGGGAUUUAUGUCGAUUAGUGUUAUAAGAGUUUCCUGUAGAGUAUUUGAACUGCUGUCGAGAGAAAAAGGUCAUACAUUCGAAUCCACAGCGCAGUCGUUUCAACAUCAGAGAAUGUAGUGUGGCUUGGCGGGCAUUGGUUACGCUUUAUAUUUGAGGAAGUGGUAAUAUUAGGAGCCAUAUUAGUUAAUAUGUAGCAAAGACAGGGGAUGUGGAUUUACCUGUAUUUUACAUACAAACAGUGAGAUCAAACGUUUCAGGAAUAUUACAUUUUAUAUUAACAAAUAUUUGAUUUUCUCUAGAUAUAUAAUAAUAUACUUCAAGUGUUAUUGGGACUUAUUUGUGAAGCAAUAUUCUUGUUAGUAUCAAUAUAUUCAGACUUGCUUGGAAUAAUAUCAUUCGAUUGCCUUCUAUGGUGGAUGCAAAAAUGUUCGUAACUUGGAUAUUUUUAUUGUGGAUAUACAUUCAACAAACAGAUGCAGCAAUAUAUGAUCUGUACAAUACGAAAAUAGCAACAAGUGAUCUUAGAUGGACCAUAGAACCAAGAAACUCGUGGGAGGAAGUCAGCGGUUUUGACAAAUUCAACAACAUAAUCCGUUCAUAUCAAGUAUGUCAAGUCAGUAGACAAGAAAAUAACAACUGGAUACGAUCGCCAUUCAUUGACAUAAGAGGAGCUCAAAGAAUCAAUAUAGAAAUUGAAUUUUCUAUUGCAAAAUGUGAUUGGCCAGGAGUGGAUCUAGAUUACUGUCGUCAAACAUUCAAUUUGUUCUAUUACGAAAGUCAUCGAGAUGUAGCCUCGAGUACUUUUCCACCUUGGCAGGAAAAACCUUACAUCAAAAUCGACACUGUUGCUGCGAAUUCGAACGACGAAAUCAAUAAAAAGAUUUUUUCCAUUGGACCAUUGAAAAGCACUGGGGGUAUAUACGUUGCCGCACAAGAUCAAGGAGCAUGCAUGUCUCUUAUCAGUCUUAGAGUAUACUACUAUUACUGCGUUGAAACUACUCGUUCCUUAGCAACAUUUGAACGUACUAUGACAGGAAAAAAGACUUCAUCUCUCGUUACUGUUCCAGGCACAUGCGUUGCAAAUGCAGAAUCGGUCGGUGGUUAUGCUCCAAAGCAUUAUUGUGGAAGUACAGGAGAAUGGCAAAUCAUUACUGGAAACUGCAGAUGUAUGGCCGGUUAUCAACCGAAUUCGGACGCAACAGCAUGUCUUCCAUGCCCAAUCGGAACCUUUAAAUCCAGAUCAGGCAAUGGAAGAUGCCUUAAAUGUCCAGCUAACAGUGGACCGAUUAGUGACAAAUUGAUAACAAGAGACGACAUAACAAGAUCGGUGACCAAAACUGCGCCUCCAAGUGCGGAAGCUUGCCCUUGCCAUCCGGGAUUUGCGAGAGCAAAAGAAGAAAGUUCAAGCCACCCAUGUAGCAAAUUACCAUCUGUACCGAGAUUUGAAUCAAUGGAAGCAAAUGCCACAACUGCUACUUUGGCAUGGAAGACACCUGCGGAAUUAGGUGGAAGAAACGAUCUUUACUACAGCAUCCUGUGCGAAACAUGUUCGGAAAGUUCAUGUCAGAAAUGUCCUGAGAAGGUGUCUUAUUCAGAUUCAUUAAUCAACCACAAAGACAACAGUGUUUCAUUAUCAAGCUUAUCAAAGUAUUACAAAAACAAAAUUCACGUUAUUAAUUUGGAGCCGUUUACUCGCUACUUAUUCAAAAUAUACUCCUAUAAUGGAUUGUCAAGUUCAAGCGACUCCAAACCUACUUUUCUCCUAAUGGAAUUAACAACGAAGGAAUCAGUUCCAGCACCCGUGGCAAACAUUUAUGUUGCGGAUACAUCUAUAAAUUCAGUGAUGAUCAAUUGGCAAGUUCCAUCACAGCCAAGGGGAAAUAUCUUAGGUUAUCAAGUGCAAGUUCAACGUCGAGAUCAAGACUCAAGAAUCACAAGAUCGAGUAAAAUUGUUUUGAAAAAUGGGAAACCAUCAGAUCCAAUUGUGUUAGAGACUACAAAGACAAGUUGUACGCUUUCGGACUUGGAUUCUAACACGGAAUACUUGGUUCAAAUUCGAGCAAAAACUUCUGUGGGUUUCGGUCGAUACAGUGCUUCAGUUGUGUUCAAAACUUCUAAAAGUAAAGCAGUUGAUAUUGAAUCUGGCAAUGAAAAUGGAACAGGAAUCCUGAUUGCAGCUGUUUCAACCAUUCUUGUAUUGGCAAUCGUCUGCUCGGUUCUGGUGUUUGUGUACAGUAGAAGAAGAAAAAGUUACAACAACUCAAACCUUGGAAAAGAAAAGAAAAAUUCAAAUGGAAUUGGAAAAUACGACGAUGUUUCGGAAAAAUUAAAUCAGGAAAUUGUUAACAUGAGAAGAAAUCAAGUGAACAAAGGUCAAAAAUCCUACGUUGAUUAUCCGGAUCCACUUCAAGCAGUCCAACAAAUGAACAAAGAAAUUAGUCCUUUGAAUCUACGUUUGCAUGACACGAUCGGUGAAGGUGAAUUUGCUGUUGUUUAUCGAGCAACCAUGAUGGAAGGUGGAGAAUUGAAGACAGUUGCAGCAAAGCAAUUGAAAGAAGGAUCAUCAGCUAAAGAUCAGUCAAAUUUUUUGAGAGAAGCUUGUACAAUGGCACAGUUCAAUCAUCCUAACAUAUUGCAACUGAAAGGCGUUGUUACACAACACAAACCAGAAAUGAUCAUUUCAGAGCACUUAGAAAAUGGAUCUUUGCACCAAUUUUUGAAGCGUCAUCACCGACAACUAACAAUGCCUCAAUUGCUUCAAAUGCUCCGCGGAAUUGCAAAUGGAAUGCGUUACCUUUCUGAUAUGCAGUUCGUUCAUCGUGACUUGGCAGCCAGAAAUAUAUUGGUCGAUUCAGAUUUCGUUUGCAAAGUAUCAGAUUUCGGACUCUCUCGCACUCUCGAAAACGAUCCUUAUGCAACUUAUACAACGCAAGGUGGAAAAAUCGCGUUACGUUGGACGGCUCCCGAAUGUAUACGUUUCAGGGAAUUUACAUCAGCAAGUGACGUUUGGAGUUUUGGAAUUAUGAUGUGGGAAGUUAUGUCUUAUGGGGAAAAACCUUACUGGGAUAUGACCAACAAUGACGUCAUGCAAAGCAUAGGAAGUGGAAUGCGACUUCCGGCUCCUACAAACUGUCCAAAAGCCCUUCACCAACUAAUGUUAGAAUGUUGGUCUCUUGAUCCGAAGAAGCGUCCAACUUUUGCUAAAAUCGUUUCAGACUUAAACAAAUUUAUUCGACAUUCAUCUUUAUUAAAAGUUUGUUCAGACGACGAAAUGGAACAAUCUGUUUGUUGUUCUCCUGAUGUCAGAGGUCAAAUAUUUAAUGAAAGAUACGUCCAAGAAGAAUCCUUCAUCCGUGAUCGUUCUCCAUGUGUAGAAGAUGAUCAGUAUUCUGAAAGUGAUUCUUCAUCUAUUUCUCAAGAUGAUACAUGCUCGUCUGUCAUCGCAGCAGAAGAAAGAUGUCUGAACGUUUAGAUUGAACAUCAUACUGAAUUCGAAGAAAUUGACGAAAUAUUCAAUUUUCUGAAACUCAAACACAAUCUUCCUUUUUAGCAAUGCGUGGCAAAAUUUUUGCACACUGCCUCGUUACGAACGUGCAGUACAUUCUGGUUUUAAAAAUAAUAAAUUCCGUGAUUGUUACUUCAUUAUUCAAACUUUAUAACGUAAUUUGUUUAAAUUAGUUACUUUUUAAAAUAUUUGAACUCACAAUGUAUUUCGUUAGGCUAAUUUGGAAUAUUUUAUAUACGGGACAGGUUACAAAUAGUUUUGUAAGUGAAAAUGUUUGAAUGUUUACGAUUUCCACGGUGCAAUUAUAAUGGAUUUGUGAGAAAGACCAAAAUUUAACAAUCAGAUUUUUAAAAAAAAUGAAUCUGGUAAGACGAGUUCCUUAUUAUUUAAUUUUCCUAUUUGCGUUGAUAACUGUGGUAUUACUUUUAUCUUGUUUUACCUAUUUUUCCUAUUCCCAAUACCGUUUUUAUUCUAUCUUUUGUUUCUUUUUGAUUUUAUUUUUGCGUGAGGCAAUAAAUCAGAUUUCCAAGUA